AUGAAUAAUCAUAAUUAUCAAAAUCAUAUAUUAUCAUCGUUACCAUCAUCUUCAAAUGAAACACCGAUGGACAGUUUACCAACUUCCAAUUCAUCGAUGCCUGUCAUGUCAUCGUUGGCCGGUGGUGAUGAUGAUAACGACCAUGAAUUGAUUGGCGAUGACACUGAUGAUUUCUCAAAAGAUAAUAUGAUCUAUCAUAAAGAUGAAUUUUUUGUUUUUUCAUCUGACAGCAAUAAUGCAGCAACUGAAAAUGUAGAUAGUGGUGUUGGUGACAGCAGCAGAGCUAAAUCCGCUUCAGUUUUGGUACAGCCAAUGAAUUUCCUGAAUAUCAACGGUAAUGGCUCGAAUGGACAUGGAGCGGUAUCUUCACAGCUGCAAAACUAUAGUUUUGGAAACAAUCGAUUGUUAAAGUCACCACGAGAUUUGAAGGUGACCGAUAAUACUACAACAUCAACGCUGAUAACAACAACUAAUAAUACAACGACAGUGUCACCCGUGAUAGUUGGCAACGCACAAGAUGAGAUGGUCGAUGUUCCACUCUCACCUCAUGACACUGUCAGAGUGGUGUAUCGCGAUACGCUCUCAACCAGUGCUGCCAACAUCCUCUCGGAAGCGGACACAUCGAAACAACAGUGUAAAACAACAACGACCACAACAGAAUCUGGUAAUUUCCAAACAACCAUCAAUUACAAUCCAAAAGUGAACAGUGGUAACGAUAUCGAUGAACAUCAUCAAGGAUUUAACAAUUAUUAUAUUGAUAACGAUGAUCUGACGAGUUCGGUUGGCGGUGGCAAUGGCAGGAAUGACUCACAACCUUAUAUACCACCGAUUGGCGAUCUCGAUAACCAAUCAAAGGGUUUGUCCGAUAGCACCAGUACUCUGAUGACAAAGCGAGAGAAGAAGAAAGAAAAGAAAUUGGAGAAGGAAUUCAAAGAGGCUAUGCAAGAGCAGCAAGAAAAGAAAGAUGAAAUCGAACGUAAACUGUUAAAGAAGAAGAGAAAGAUCAAGAAGAAGAAGAGAAGAUUGCACUUGGAGCACAAGAAGAACAGUCUUGGUGAGACCAUCUUCAAAGGACAUCCAUCUUGGCUACUCAUGAGAACCAUCCAAACCGGUAUUCUAAAUUGUAUAUCAAAAACAUCUCAUCAAUCGAUUCAAGAGAAUUCAGAUCAAUUCUUUUCAUCAUUACAUCAUGUAUUACCCGUUAUUGAAGGACAACCAGGAACUUUUACAUUUAAAGAUUAUUGUCCACAUGCAUUCUCAAGACUGAGAGAACUUUUCAAUAUAGAUCCACAAUCCUAUAUUUAUUCGCUAUGUAAACCGUGGAAUGAAGUGUCGACUCCUGGCAAGAGUGGUAUCGCCAACCUACAAAGACUUGGAUUUCCGUCGGUUGGGAAUGAAGCUGCAUCUCGGUCCCGACCGAAAGCGGCUGUUCUUGCACCAGUUGGGCGAAGACUUGGCGGCGACGAUGACUACACCGAUGAUUCCUCUUCGGACGACGAUGACAAUCGCAACGAUCUACGUGCAUCCAAGAGAAUAAGAUCGAUUGCACAAACCAAGCAGUACUUCCAACAGCAGCAGCAAGCUCAACAACAAGCUCAACAGCAAGCACAACAGGCACAACAAGCUCAAACGUUACAACAGCAUCUCGCACACACACACGUUCAGAACAACAUCAACGAUGCACCGGCACAACUUCAACGCAAAAACUCUGACUAUAUGAAACCACUAGAUAGUCACCAUCUCCCACCACUACUUCCAAAUGCAACCAGUCCAAAACCACUUAUUAAACCAAAGAUUUCAAUAUUUGAACAUGAUAAAGGUGGAAUGCAAGGUAUAGAUGAGAAUGGUGUGCCUAUGAGUGAGUACUACUUUAUGGGUAUCAUUGAUAUUUUGAUGUUAUAUAGUUUCCGAAAACAAAUCGAACAUACAUAUAAAUCAUUAUUUAAUAGAGGUGAGAUAUCCUCUGUUGAUCCUGUUGAAUAUGCUGCAAGAUUUAUCAAUUUCGUAAGGGAACAAAUAAUUUAA